AUGGCCACAAAGACGGCUCUUUUAGCAACGACGCUCGUCGCCGCGACGCCGGUCGACCCGGAGAAGGCGGAGGUGUUCCGUUUUCUGCGAGCGUACGGUUUUCUGAGGGACGACGGGGGAUCGCUGUCGUCCGCGAACGUGACGUCUCUGCGUCGCGCGCUGUCGCUGUUUCAAGAAUAUUAUCAAUUACCUGGUAAUGGAGCGUUAAACAUCGAUACGCUCAAUCUCAUGCGCAAACCGCGAUGCGGUCUAGUGGACAUACCUGAUCGCGCGUACAGCCCGUUCGCGAGAAAGUGGCCGAAAACGCGCCUAACGUGGAAUUUUCAAGUGGUUAGCGAGGAACUCUUACGAAUGACUGAAGCGGCGUUCGCGCUAUGGGCGACGAGUUCGUCGUUAAGGUUCGCGCGCGACUCGCUACGUCCCGAUAUAUUGAUAUCGUAUCGAACGGGCGCUCACACCUACGCGAACGUCGAAAACGGCGACGUCUGUCCGGCGGUCUUCGAAGGUCCAGGCGGGGCCCUCGCUCACGCGUUCUUCCCCACCGGAGCGGCCGAUUUCUCCUCGGAGGUGCACGUCGACGACGAGGAGCCGUGGUAUGUGCGCCUGAACAAGAAUCCCUCCGACAAGUAUCAUCUGCUGCUAACGCUAACUCACGAGAUCGGCCACGCCUUAGGUCUGCAGCACAGCAUGCGCAACGACUCGGUCAUGUUUCCGUAUAUACCCGACAACGAGCUUCAAUAUCCGGUUAAAUUAAGCGUAGAGGACACCCUCGCUAUACAAAAUUUGUACGGAUCUCGCGACGACGGAGAUCGCCCCGCGAUUCCCGCGAUCACCGCGGCGCCCGUCACCACCGUAGCGCCCGCGACGACCGACGUCGCACCGACCGAUCCGUCGCGCGACGAUCUCUGCGCCUUGCGGCGCAUAGACGCGGCCUUAAUAAUGAAUCGACGUUUGUACAUAGCCGACCGACGCAACGUUAGGUCAAUCGAUCUAACCGAGAAACGCUACGGUAGGCCCAUGACGAUAACGGAAAACGCGACGUUUCUCCCGAAAAACUUCACGCGUCUGUUCGCCGCGUAUCGAAGACCCUCGGGCGAUCUCGCGCUAUUCGCGGGCGAUAAGAUCUAUCUCGCGGAAUAUCCCAGUUUUAGAUCGAAACCGGGUUGACCUAAAUCCCUUCACAGUAUCGGAUUUCCCCGAGACGCUAAGAUCAACGCCGCGAUAAACACGCACUCGGGACGAACCUACGCUAUCUACGACGACGACAGAGUAGCGGAGAUCGACGAAUGUCGCAUGACGGUCGUUAAGCACGUUCCGUUAAAAGACGUAUUUCCCGAAAUACCAUCCACGAUAAAGUCGGCCCUCCGAUACACCGACAGUAAUCUGUACUUCUUCGCUAAACAUCAAUUCUACGCGUUCAACGAAUUCUCGAACAUCGUGACCUCGGCGGGUCCCUUCGACCUUCGCGUUCUCGGCGUCGAAUGCCCCACGAACGGGUUACUGCGGCAAUUGCGGGAUCUUCUCAGCCGCGUCUAUCGCCUCGACGUCGCGACCGAUAGAUCCGACGAGGACGACGAUAGCGACUUCCCGCAAACUCUUUAAGAAUAGAGUACAAAGGCGCGAAAAAGAAGGGGCGAUUUCGACUCGAAUAUAUAAAGGCCGUUCCGCCGUUAAGCGUCUCAUUACCAACGACGAAGUUCGCGAACGAAACAUUGAACGAAGAUGUACGGGACGAUGGGACCGCCGCCGCAGCAACACUCCUUCGAGGAUCGAUCGAGACUCGCCGAUCGAAACCGCAAGGAUAACGCCGGAUAUUCUAAGAAAGCUCGAACAGAUAACGUGUAAGGG